AUGCUGGUGCACCGGAGCGGUCCUGUGGCUUGCCCUCGCACACCGAGGCGCGGCCACAAGCGCUUGGACAGCGAAGAGCCAGCGGCUAAAAGCCCGAGGAUCAGCGAAUCUGCUCCGGAUGCGCCGCUUCUUUUGUCCGCCUCUCCGGUUUCUCCGCGCAGCGGGAGUUUAGGGUCUGGAAGCGCUUCCCUGGGUCCGUCCCGCAUCGGCCAGUUUUUGCUGCUUCCAUCGAUGGACCCGGCUGUUGCGCAUGGAGCCUGGGACACCGAAACCGGCGAGGAGCUUGUGUGCAAGGUGUUUGACAUGGGCCAGUACCAGGAGAAGAUCCGGGCCUACAGCAUGCUACCAGGACACAGGAACAUUGCACAAAUUAAGGACAUCAUCCUUGGAGAACGCAAGGCCUACGUGUUCCAAGAGAAGGACUAUGGUGACAUGCACACGUUCGUCAAGAGUUGCAAGCAUCUGCCUGAGGAGCAAUCCUCCAAGCUGUUCUAUCAGAUAGCCUCGGCUGUGGCACAUUGCCACCAGAACGGCGUAGUCCUAGGAGACCUGAAGCUCCGCAAGUUUGUGUUUGCGGAUGAGAAAAGGACCCAUUUGAAGCUGGAGGGCCUGGAGGACUGUCGAAUCCUGACUGGUGAUGACGAUUCUGUAUCGGACACUCUGGGCUGCCCGGCCUACGUCAGCCCGGAAAUCCUGAGCGGUGUAGGCAGUUACUCAGGGAAACGAGCAGACACCUGGAGCUUAGGUGUCAUGCUUUACACAAUGCUGGCAGGACAUUACCCAUUCCUCGACUCAGACCCGGCUACACUCUUCUCCAAGAUCCGACGUGGUGCCUACUGCCUGCCGGAGGGUCUCUCUGCACGGGCGCGCUGUCUUGUUCGAAGCCUUUUGCGCAGGGAGCCCGGCGAAAGGCUGAGCGCCACUGAUAUUCUCCUUCACCCGUGGUUCCGCAGCGACAGCAAACAUGAACUUGAAAAACAGGAAGUGGGCUUGACAGAACAGAUGGUACCUCAGGUCCAGGUGGAGUCGGAUGAUCAGCUGUUCUGCUGACAAAAGAGAUCAGACUGGGACCAAAUAAUACAUGCAGGACUGUUUUGUACUAGAGCAGAAAUUCAUCAUCAUUAAUUAACAUUAAUGAAAUCACACCAGCUGAACUUUGGAGUACAAUUUUUUUUGAAGGGUUCUUUGGAGUAUUUGUGGCUAUCGGAGCAGCUCUUCUGUUCAAGAAGCUGUACCAGUUGUGAUUUAAACUUAAAUUUAAAUCAGUUUGAGUGGUUCUGUAAAAAAAUAACAUUUCCAGAGAAGAUUUUCCGAUGAAGAAACUACAACCUUUUUUUUAUUCUUAGGUACGAAUGCACUUGUGCAUGCAAUCAAAGUUCCACAUCAGCUGUGGUGAUUGAUUAAGUAUAUUGAUGCACGUUGGACAGUUAAACUGAAGUGAUUUUGGUGCUAAUUACCUUGUUUAUCAUGCUGUAUGAAGUUAACCCUGACACAGAAACCACUUAACCUCAGCCGAGUCCUGAGGGCUCCAGAUAUAUUAACAAAAGGACUAUCAGCCUGGAUCUGAGCUCUACUCAUGUUCACCAUGCCAGAGGUCUUCACUGACUGAUUCACUAACUACCACCAAAAAGGCAGGUCGUGCUGUAAAGAACAGGCUGGUGUGCGUAAAUAUUUACAGAUGUGUGACAAAUUAAAGGAAAAAAACAAUAAAUUGUUGCACCUUGGAGCUUUACUACAGGGAUGGAACACAGUUAUUCCAGGAAUAUUGUCCUUCUUAGUAGAUGUUUAGAUGAUAGUGAAAGUGCUGUAUAACACUUCUGUCCAAAAUCAGUGCAAUUUGAGACUCAGGUACAGUUUGUUCAGUCUGCAGCUGAACUGUUGCUUUAGUUAUGCUGACCCCACUAUUUAUUGUAUCACACUAGCUAAAAGCAUAGCAUUUAUUUCUGUUGACCACAACCAAUAUACCACAUGAACUCAGGACACACACAGAGGCCAGUUAAGAGCAAUUAUGACCCCAGCUACCAUCCAAAAAUAACUCGUCUUAACCCUGCUGUGCUUCUGGGGCCGAAUGAAAUUGUUUCAGGGGUAGUGUGGCUGGUAGAUACAUUAAAUAAUGUAUAAUUCCGGCUUAGGGUUUGUCAUCACCAAUCACUGCAAUAAUAAGAGACAUAAAUGUAACACUUUUGUACACAGUUGUGUUAACAAAACAACAUGUUUUAUUUGAGGAAGCUUUUUAGCACUCACAGUUGCUAUACAUUCUUAAAAUAAAAGAAGUAAAAAUAAAACAAUAACAAUAAAGCAACGCCAUAGGUUUAGAAUGAAACCUGUUAAAGUUGUAGCCAGACAAUCUGAUUACCACCAGUUUAGCCCCCACCACACACAUCAUAAAAGUAGCCAGUGAGCAGAUGAGAUUGCUUAUUAAGAUUUUUAAAGCUGCUAUAUGUAACUUUUGGGGUUUGAGGGUUUGGAGACCUCUCUGGCAAAACACUGUACUGCAAGCAUCUAAUUAUAGGACGUAAAGGCAAGUAAGUGUCAAUUUGAUCCUUUACUCAAUUGUUUAGAUCCUUCACAAAAUUUUAUGGUGACUCAGCAGUAUAAUUAUACAAAAGUGUGAUGUAUCUGUUUCCUUUAUGGACUUUGUAAUACCACCAUAACUUAACAAAGUUACAUAUUGCAGUUUUAAAGAUGAGCUGGUCAAUAUUUGAUUGGUCUUUGGCUUGAAUAUUUGAUUGGCUGCUAAAACACAAAUAAACAGAAUUAUAAAAACAAUGCAAUUAAAGCAGUUUGAUUAUAGGACUGACAAAACAGAAUCCCGACUGGCUUGUUUACUUUUCUUCUGCUAGCUACGCUUAAAACAUGCCUCUAGGAUCCUAUUAAAUUGUUAAUAUAAUUUUUACUUCUCACAAAUAAAAACAUGGCAGACUUCCUUGCUAAAUAGCCUGCUUUCAAUGAUGCUUUGGUUAGUUGUAAGGGAAAGAGCCAAAAAUCAGCCAAAAACCAGCCAUAGAGCCAAAAAUCUAUUCCAUGCACCUUUAAACAGCUUUGUAUGUGUGUGAAGGUCAGUAGAGAAUGUACCCUGCUGUUAGUUAGUCAGUGCAAUGUUACUUGAAUCAGAAUAUUUUGUAACUUAAAAAAGACCAGUCACAGUUACAAAAGUGGAUCAGAAGCUACAAGUAAAAGAUUGCGAUUAUUCUGUCUGACAUCAUGUGUUUGUUUAGACCUGCUGUACUGUAAAUGGUGAAUAAGAACUAGCUGAAAGGGUAGAACUAUUUAGAAGAGGCUCUAAACCUCCCCCUCUGUUGCAGGAAGUUGUACUGUAUGUUACCUUUGGCUGCAGGAAGUUGUACUGUAUGUUACCUCUGAGGCCAGGAUCAUAAUAACUUGAGGUUGCAAAACACCUGUCCAUGCACUGAAAGUGUGACACGGGUGUACAAAGUUCAUGUUGCACUGUGAAUUAUGUUUUUUUGUGACAACCUCAAGGUUAGACCAAGACGCUGUAACAGAAAAUAUGACCUGUAAAAUCAAAAUAAUGUAAAUAUGUAUAUUGUGUGUGCACAGAUUAAAUAAAUAUCAUCCUUUGAUUAUUUAAA